AUGCCAAAUGGCGAAGUUGAAAUAAAUUUGGUCCCAAAUAAAAAAUAUUAUUAUAAAUUUGUUAUUGAUGGUGAUUGGGUGUUGGAUCCUAGUUUAGCUAAAAUUUCUAAAGAAGAAGAUUCAACAAUUAUUCAACCUCCUGCACCUAUCCUAACUCCACCAGAAUCACCAGAAUAUAACCUUGAUCUUGAAAAUGAUAAACAUGUAGAAGAGGAAGAACAAAAAGUAAUUAAUAAUAUUGAACAAUAUAAUGAUAAUGAGAAACCUACAAUGUCGGAUGACGAAGAAGAAAAUCACGAUAGUAAUGUUUUAAUUGAAAACACAACUACUAAUGACGAUGAAAUUGCCACAACAAAAGAAUUGUUCGAAGAGAUUAAAGAAUUAGAAGAAAAAGAUACUAAAGAAAAAGUGAAUGACGAUAAUAAUAUUGAACAAUAUAAUGAUCAUGAGAAAUCUACGAUGUCGGAUGGCGAAAAAGAAAAUCAUGAUAGUAAUGUUGUAAUUGAAAACACAAAUACUAAAAUUGACGAUGAAAUUACCACAACAAAAGAAUUGGUCGAAGAGAUCAAUAAAGCAAACGAAGAUAUUAAAGAAUUAGAAGAAAAAGAUACCAAAGAAAAUGUGAAUGACGAUAAUAAAAUCGAAAUUACAUCUUUUUCCUCAGUUGAUAAUGAUUUGGUGCAUGAUAAUGAUUUUGAAACAUUAAAAUUUUCUGUCUGUGCUGAUUGUAAAUGCGGCAGUGACGAGAAUGAAGACGAACAUCAUAAUGAGGAGGAGUACACAAUUGAUAAAGAUCAUUUAUUAUUUUCUGGUGAAAUUAUUAAUGAUUUUGAUUCUGGUGAAAUCAAAAACAAUGAAGAAUUUUCAAAUAUGGAACUUGAUGAUGAAGAAGAAAAACUUGAAGCCACCGAGACAAUUGUUGAUACUAUAACUACAACAUCUGACGACAUAAAAGAAUCUUCUCUAUCUUCUCCUAUUAUUGAUGAUAAAGAUUUUGAUAAUUCGAACACAAAUAUGUGGUCAGAAGAAAUUACAAGUUUAAGUUUUGCUACAGAAACAAUGACUACAACCACCACUACCACUACCACAAUAGUAGAAAAUGUUGAAGGGGAUGAUGAUGUUGCUCCAACAGUUACAAUAACAACAACGGCCACCUCCGAUGCUGAAUUUGUAGCAGAAGAAAAAGAGAGAGGCAAGGAUGAUGAUGAAACUAUUGUCGUUGAAAGUGUUUUAACAUCAUUAGAGGAAGAACAAAAGGAAGAGGAGGAAUUAGUUGUUAAUAAUGAUUCUACAAUUGAUGAUAAUAGUAAAGCUAUUAUUCUUGACGAAGAAAAAAUUUUGGAUACGAUCGAUGAUUGUUUAUCAAAAGAAGAAGCUAUUAUUCUUGAUGAUGAAGAAGAAAUUUUGAAUACGACUGAUAAUUGUUUAUCAAAAGAAGAAGCAGCUAUUAUUCUUGAUGGGGAGGAAAUUUCGAAUACGAUUGAUGAUUAUUUAUCAAAAGAAGAAGAAGCAGCAAUUGAUGAAGCAAUUGUCAAUAGUAGUGAAUAUAAUACAAGAGAUCAUUUUGUUAUCAGAUGA